GAAGCAGUAGCUCUGCGUAGUUGGCCCAAUGAUCCACGAUGUAUCGCUUUAGCCACGCAUCAGUGUGUGAUUUUGUUUGAUAUUCGCUGUUCCAAUCCAGUCAAUGUAACAGGUCGCUGUAUUCACCCACCGUUAUCUGUGUCUGGAGUCCGUUCCUUGAAUUUCUCCGGGGACGUUUUAUCUUACGGUUCGUCGAAUGGACAAGUACGAUUCUAUGAUCUANGAGCCGAUAAGCACCUACCAGUACAUCUGGAUGUCGGUCCUGGUUGGGUGAAACCCUUUGAUUGUGGCACAACUGGCGAUGAUAACAACAGUAUAUUCGAUUCACUUCCAUCGGCCACCGGCGACAACUGGCUUCCACAAAACCCCCCAUUGUAUCCAUCCUGGAAUACCCCUCCCCCCUCUCCGCUUCAGUCGUUUUUCCUAGCUCCGUCCCCAUCUGGAAGCUUCCCCUUGCUCACUAGAACUGGUGGUUUCUUACAACAGACAAAUAACUUGCGUGUGUCACUAGAUCGUAUCCAAACUCGUUUGGCCGGUUUGCGCGGUCGUCGCUUAGCUAUGGCUAAUGUUUCGCUUAUAUAUUCCAUUGCUGGUUUGCGCAUGCCCAAUACAGAUGAAAAUACUAACGAGUCCUCUGGCUCUGUAUCAAAUGAGGGCGCGGGUGAUGGGUCACAACAGCCUUCUGUUUCCAACGGAAAUCGUGACGGAUCAGGUGGGACAAACGAAUCAGAAGACAGGAACGAGGGACCGUUUGAUGAUGUUGGUUCUCCGAACGCGGAACGAACUGCGUCUAACGACUCUGGUACUCGAUGGAGAGUCCAGUUAGACGGCGUGGAUCGUGAAGGACGUGAUUUCAUCUCGAUUCCGCCUAUUCUGUUUGCAGACUUUGAUCCGAACUCUACCUUGUCUGCUCAUCGACGCCUAACAGCUGUUUAUACGCAUGAAUAUGACCCAUCAGGCACACGUCUAUUCACAGCUGGUGGACCUAUUGCUUCUACUUGCCAUGGGAAUGUAGCAGUACUUUGGGAAUAA